GUUAAACAAAGACUUCCCCACUCUCUCUCCCUGACACUGGAGCCCCAGAGUGAAGCGCACAGCUGCAACUACUUCAACCACUUUUCCCUUUAACCAUUUUUCUUAUCUCUUCGUUUUGGAUGGUUAGGUGAUCUCACAAAGCUCAGCCAUGUUAGGUUCAGCCUGCUGUCGGUCACCUUAUGUUGCUAGCGUGAGGUAAAAAAAAAAAAACAGCUCCUGGAGAUAUGGAAAAGUGGGUCUGUGAGGAGCGCUCUUAGCCUUGUGCCAUGGGGGGUUGCCAUAGUUACCCCUCGGAAGCGGACGACACCACUCUCCAACCAUCUGACAUCAAAACACUGGGCAUUAACAACAAUAACCUGGACGAGCGGCCGUACCUCCAGCCCCAGUACGUGUGCCAGAGGAUCACCACUACAGACAUGCACGCCCUCACUGCAUUACCCCCUGGCGUCGACCAAUCAGAGUGGCUCGCCAGCAACACUGUGGCGUUUUUCAAGCACAUAAACCUGUUCUCCAGCGCACUAUCAGAGUUCUGCACCCCCAGCACCUGUCCCACUGCAUGUGGACCGGGCAACACGGUGUAUACGUGGACCGAUGAGCAGGGCAGGAAGCUAAAAUGCUCUGCUCCUCUGUACAUUGACUAUGCUAUGUCUUAUAUUCAAGACCUGCUGACAGACGAGGAGGUCUUCCCCACAAAAGCAGGCUCGGCAUUCCCAAAUGGCUUCAUCUUCCUGGUGCAGAAGGUUUUCCUGCUACUGUUCCGGACCCUGGCGCACAUUUACUGGAGCCACUACAGGGAGACUCUGGUCCUGGGUCUUCAGCCUCACCUCAACACACUCUUCACCCACCUGAGUGUGUUCAGCCUGCAGCACGGCCUGUUGGACCCCGAGGAUACACAGCCCAUGCAGGACCUCCUCUCUGCUCUGGGGCUGGGGCAGAGGCAGCACACGAGUGGCAGUUAGAUCUGAUCCACUCCUCAGAAUGCUCUCAUAGGACUAAAUAUGGAGCCUGUACAGAAGUGAGAGGACUUGUUACAAUGCUUGUGUAAAUACUGCAUGUGAAAGGUGCAUUUAUUGUUUGUUAAAGGCCAAGAGACAGCCAAGGUCAUUUCAGCCCACCCCAUGUUACGACGUGCGAAUAAACAGCACACAAAUGGACAAGCAUUAUAUUUAAGAUACAAGAUUAAUUUGCUUUAAUUAUAAUAUUUUGUUUGUAAUGUUUUUAAAAUAAAAUAUCGCCAAUGCA